AUGGCGAAAGACCGGCAGACCAUCGCCGGGCGAUGGCGCAGGCCGUCGCCGGCGAUGGCCAGGAGCCGCCGGCGACGGCCUGGCCGCCGCCGCCGUCCGAGGGCCAAAGAAGGACCCGGUAAUGGUGGCAGGGGAAAGAGUAAGCCUAUUAUAGCUGAAUCUGAUUUUGAGGAGUCGGGACAACGAAAUGUUCGAAAGCGUGGUGUGAGUGCCUCAGUCCGACGACACAAGAAGGGGACUCCUGCUAUUGAGGGAGCUAGUGAGACGCCAGUCGAUGAUCAGAUACAGGAUGAUCGGAUGGAGGAUGAUGACAUGGAAGACCGUCGGAUAGACGAUGCUGAUUUUGAGACUUCUGAGGACGAGAGUUUAGGACCAAUCGUGAACAUUCGACGGAAAAAGGGGAAAGAUGGACGGUUUAUUGCUGAAACGUCAUCAGUGACGAGUAGAAGAGCCAGGACUGAAAUACCUGCUUGGACUGUUAGUGAUCCAGUGCCAGGUGGACCUGAGGACGGGAGUAUUAUUCCCAGUUUCCUUGGACAUGUCGCUUAUGGAAUAUGGACAGGGAAGGAGGAGCGAGGCACUCUGAAGUGUCAGAGUAGACAUGCAGUUUGUAAGAGGCUGUCAGCAUGGCAUCAUGACGCCUCAGACGAGGUCAAACACCUGAUAGCCGAGAGUGAUGACCAUUACAUUUGCUAUAUUCCUGUGGACGGGAAAGUGGUUUCAGAUAAGCCCGGGAAACAGUUGUUGCUUGCCUCCUGUGUAGAGAUUUUAGGGAUCUCUAUGGAUGACUUGUUAGCUAAUUCGACGAAGCAUUAUGAAAAUGGAGGGGUUCUGAUUGAGUCCAUUUUUAGGAAUUGUGGACGGGGUUUGAGUGCUGAGGUUGAGGCAAUAGCGUGGAUGUGGCUGACGCUAGGUUGCACUCUUUUCGUCGAUAAGACUGGCCACCGGGUUAAACCAGCCUGUCUUUGGGAGGUUAGGGAUGGAGUCGCAGACGCGAAGGAUUAUUCUUGGGGUUCUGCUACACUGGCCUAUUUAUUUCGUCAGUUAGGAAUCGCCUCCAGAGGCGACUGUCACGGUUUGUCUGGGUGUCUGACACUUCUCCAGGCUUGGAUAUACGAGUAUUUUCCAUGUUUCAGACCCCAGCGAGAUAGGCUGAUUACAGAGAUUGGCACUCCUCGAGCACUCAGUUGGAGUGUAUCCGGGACAGAGUGCACAGAGAUCCGGCUUCAGUCAUUGCGUGCCCGCAUAGACAGUUUGACUGCCGACGAGGUGUCGUGGCUUCCCUUUGGUGGUGGCCCUGCUGCAGUCCUUCAGCGGACUGCUUACAUGGGUUGGAUAGCGUACAGGGACAUUGUUGAGCCGUACAUGUCCGCCAGAUUUGUACGUCAGCUGGGGUAUGUGCAGAGCAUACCGUCGCCUAUUCUUCGGCCGGAAAAGGCCGUUAGGGCGUGGAAUUCAAAGUUGUACAAUGUGGAGAUGGCUCAGAUUGGUGCGGUCGACGGGUGGCAGGGUUUUCCUAUGACUUGCAUGCUUCCUUUGACGUUGCUCGAGCCAGCCACUGUUCUUGCUGGAGCUUGCCAUCCCGCGUACUUGGAGUGGUACGCACGAUUUUCCCACCCGCAGGUCCUUAGCUCUGACGUUACAGCUUCACGAGGCCGUCCUUCUCGCUCCAACAUUGAUUAUUGGGUAAAUCGUUUCAGUUCCCUGAGCCAGAGAAAUCUCACGCGUAUCACUGCGGCUAGUGCGCCGUUUGCCAUUCCGGAGAUAGAUCAGAGCAUAUCUGAGUCGACCACUGACUUGGAGCGACUCAUUGCAGACUGGCGGCUGGCAGAUUGAGAUUAUUGUUUUUAGUACUCUAUGAUAUUAUGGUUUUUUUUUAUUUUGUUUGUUGUACUAUUAUGUUAUGUUUUUACUACUCUAUUAUGUUAUGUUUUUAGUACUC